GCCCAGUUUUCCGCCCCGCAGAACCUGAGUGGCACGGCUGGGACCCUGCACGUUAGCUUAAUGGACCUGUCCUGGGCCACGCAAGAGAGUGAGGCGGUGGCAGAAAAGAUGCUCCGGUACCGGCGGGAUGCGUCGGGCUGGAAGAAGUGCCGGGAAGGCAAUGGAGUUUCAGUUUCCUGGAGGCCAUCUGAGGAGUUUCCAGGGAAUCUGUACCGGGGAGAAGGGAUUCUCUGUGGGACACCAGAAGAGGUGUGGAAUUGCGUGAAGCCAGUUGCUGGGGGCCUCCGGGAGAAGUGGGAUGACAAUGUGAGCAGCUUUGAAAUUGUCCAGAGCAUCACGGAUAUGCUGUGUGUGAGCAGAACCUCCACGCCCUCAGCUGCCAUGAAGCUCAUUUCCCCCAGGGACUUUGUGGACUUGGUGCUGGUGAAGAAGUAUGAGGAUGGCACCAUCAGCUCCAAUGCUACCCACGUGGAGCAUCCAUUGUGUCCCCCAAAGCCUGGUUUUGUGAGAGGAUUUAACCAUCCAUGCGGGUGCUUCUGUGAACCAGUGCCAGGGGAGCCCAACAAAACCAACCUGGUCACAUUCUUCCAGACAGACUUGAGUGGCUACCUCCCUCAGAGUGUGGUAGACUCCUUCUUCCCUCGAAGCAUGGCUGAGUUCUACCCCAACCUUCAGAAGGCAGUGAGGAAGUUCCAUCACUGACAGUCGCCCAUUGGCAAGGAUUGCCUAUGGUCCUUCAGGAACUCCAGCUGUUGAGCCUCAAAGAACACGGAAGAGCUGCUGUGGCUUUUUGAGAUGCCAUAGUAAACAGCGAAUCUCAGGGUACCAUUCCAGAGGAGCAGCCCAUCCCCCCAUACCACCCUUCUUUCUCUUGGGCUUGGUGUAGAAGCUGCUGUCCAUCAACUUGAUGUGGUGUUCGCAUAUGCCUGGCAGGCCAGAGCAGGUCCCGCUCUAACCACCUGAGAGAUGGCUCAAGUACUCUUUGAUUCCUUGUGGUCUAGAGCCCUAUGUGCUGGUUGCUGUCAGGCACCUUGUCCCUGUGCUGGUCUUAAAUAAUCAUCAUCCAUUGUGGUUGCUAAGGUUCCUCUGGCAUCUGGAGUUCUCAGACUCUUGUGUUCCCUUUCCAGUAUGCUUUUGUGUACAAAUUUUUAGCACAAGACUUUCCCGCUUUACAAAGGUGUCAACUUGGAAAAUGAUGUUUUAAAGCACAGGAUAAGCCUUAAGGAAAAACACUUUCAGUUUACCUUUUGUGGUAUCUUCCAUCAGAAUCAUCUCUUCCUAUCUGUUUUUCCCUUCAUGGGUUAAGGUUCACGUCCUUGUGAAACCGAUUUGUAUCUGCCUCAGGCCAAUUUGUAUAAUCAGGAAGAAGUGUGUGAGUUCUUGUGGCCCCCGUGAGUGAAUCUAAGUGGGGCCAGCUGCUCUUGUGUGCAUGCUGGACUCUGGGGAGGGGAGCCCCCUGGCAUAUACCUCACUAUGCCCUCAGUCAUGAUGGUGAGGCAAGGGUGCUGGGGACCCCUCAGGCUUUUCUGCCAUUAGGAGGGAGGGGAGAAUGUCUCCUAUGCUAUGAGACUGCACGCCUACAGUAUCUAACACUGACCACAAAGCCUGCCAUUCCUUUAGGGACAAAGGGGAUCUCCUUAGCUUUCCAAAUACAUUUAGAUUCAUGUUUUCCAUCACAUGGAGAAAGGAAAGAUCUCUGUGGGCUGGCACUGUCUUCAGAGACAUGGUGCCCUCACAGCCCAGCCAGAUGCCUGCCCCCCUUUAGUAGAUUUUAGUAAUUCCCCUACUCUUUCUGCCUUUGUUCUUCUCACUGUUGGUGGGCAGCUUGCAUCUAGUCAAAGGGCUCAUUAGGACAUUGUUUCAUUUUGACAGGGCUUGUUCAGAACUUCCCGAAGUCUCUAUGGAUCUCUCAGGUUUUCCCACUGCUGCCCUGUUCCCUAGGGUUUGGAUACUGACCUUUGACCUCUCUCUGUGGUCUCGCUCUGGGUUUGUCUCCAUAUGAAACUUACUUACUUACUAUACCAUUAUUUAGGAUGUGAUCCACCUUGGGUUUUUUGAGGCAGGCUUUCUCAUUGGCCUUAGAUUCACCAAAUAGGCUAGGCUGGAUGGCCAGUAAGUUAUAGGGACCCACAUCUUUCUGCUUCCCCAGGUCUGGAAUUACACGUUGAAUGUCACAACAUGUGGUUCUUUUCUUUUCUUCUCUUUUCUUUUUGUUUGGUUGGUUGCUUGGUUGGUUUUAUUUUUUAUUUUUUCUUGUCUCUCAGAUUUAAGUUCAGGUCACCAUGCUUGCACAGCAAGCAUUUUACUGACAGCUGUCUCCCCAGCCCCACACCUUUACUGUUAGAUCAAAUGUACCUUCUAUUAAAUCUGAUGGAUUCAUAUAAAUAGUA